UAAAACCCUUGCAUGUGGACAAAGCAAAACGCGCACAUCAGAGAAAUCUCUUCUUAAUCUCGGCAUGGCAACCCAAGCUUCACGAUCCGAGAUUGAGGUUGUGGUAGACACGACCACCUCCAACGAUAACAACAAUGAGGAACCAACCUCGUUGUCCUUAACGUCGUCCCUGAAUUCUAUACUAACAAAAUUCCAUGCAGGUUACUUCAGAAUAAGCCUCUCCCUCGGUGGCCAAGCUUUGUUGUGGAAGACACUGAUCGAAUCAUCAUCAUCACCAACACACGACACAAGCGCCGCUCUACGACGCGUUCUUUGCACGCUUCCUUCCGCAGCAGCUAUUCUUGCACUGUGGUCGUUGGCUCUCUUUGCUCUCGUGUUGCUCUCUCUUCUUUACCUCCUACGGUGCUUGUUUUACUUUAAGAUGGUAAAGGCGGAGUUCUUGCAUCCCGUAGGGGUUAACUACCUCUUCGCUCCGUGGAUUUCGUGGCUUCUAUUGCUUCAAUCGGCGCCAUUCGUGGCGCCAACAACAGCAACCUACUUGGUUCUGUGGUGGGUGUUCGCGGUGCCGGUGGUGGUGCUGGACGUGAAGAUCUACGGGCAGUGGUUCACGAAGGGGAAGAGGUUUUUGUCGACGGUGGCGAAUCCGACCAGCCAGAUGUCGGUGAUAGGGAACUUGGUCGGGGCACAAGCUGCGGCGAACAUGGGUUGGAAAGAGAGUGCAGUAUGCUUGUUUUCGCUGGGGAUGGUGCAUUACUUGGUGCUGUUUGUUACGCUCUAUCAGCGCUUGUCCGGUGGAGAUCGCCUUCCGGUGUUGUUGAGGCCGGUUUUCUUCUUGUUCUUUGCAGCACCUAGUGUGGCAAGCUUGGCUUGGGAAUCCAUUGUUGGCACCUUUGAUACUGCUUCCAAGAUGCUCUUCUUUCUCUCCCUAUUCCUCUUCACGUCACUGAUUUGCAGGCCAACCCUGUUCAGGAGAUCUAUGAGAAGGUUCAAUGUUGCUUGGUGGGCUUAUUCCUUUCCUAUUACAGCACUUGCUCUGGUUUCAGCGGAUUAUGCACAGGAAGUCAAAGGAACAUUUUCGCACAUCCUAAUGCUCUUUCUGUUAGCCCUUUCAGUUCUUGUCUCCCUUGCUCUAACGUUGUUCACUCUGCUCAACUCUAAGAUGCUUCUACCAGAUAACGAUCCUAUUAUUGCAAGCUUGCUCAUUAGUUAAUCUGUUAUACCAACACUAGUAGAAUCACCAAAACUUCAUUGUUUAAUUACAAAUUACGCUUAGUACGUAAUACAAUUAUAUUGAUAAUUAGGUGCAUGCAAGCGCUAUAUCUAUCUGUAUUAUCAACGAUCAAAAUUUCCAUAUUAAGGCAAUAGUUUAAUUUCUGUCA